AUGUCGCAUCGUCCACUGCGUGCCCAGGAUGUUUUCUACCUGGUCCUCACAGCGCAGCAUACAGCUGCUGCUGCUGCUCUUCACAUUUUUGUCUCUCACAUCAUUGGUAGCAGCAUCCAUACGAUCAUCCCCCUCAACCCUGCCAAGUCCGAAACCUCCUCCGGCAUCGACCACGUCCUCCGCUUUAACGAGCGCGACUCGCUCAGCUCCGAGGUUGCGCAUACCGAUGAAUACAUCAAACGAGCUCAGAAAUACCGAUCCCUGAAUUGUAAUGAUUGUAAUCGCAAGUUCUGUCUCGACUACGAGCUACCGACAUGCAAAGGCGCUAAGGAGGAAGAUGUGUACACGACUUGCUUCCAUGUGCUGACGGGGUCUGUGAUCUCAGAGCGUGAUUCACGGAAAGACGAGGCGGUGGUGUUUAUUUUUAUUUUUGCUACAGGUGGACUACUAGCUUGGGCUGCCUGCAAGCCAUGGAUUGAGCGAUAUGUCGAGGCUGCACGAGAACGCAGGUCGUAUAUACCCGUUGCUGAACCCGAUCGCUAA